AAUGCUUUAAAUAAGCGACUGCCUAUUAAAAAAAAUAAAAAAUUUAUACCCAAAGCUCACUUUAGUUCACAUUCGCUUAGUAAUUACCUUUCUAAUCCUGAUAUUGCUAUACUCGCAACUCUUACAAAAUAUAUUGUUGGUUCAACACUUCCAAUUUUACAAACUUGUGUACAAAGCCAUGAUGACAUUUAUACAAUAAUUGAUAAAAUUAAAUUUGAAAAUGCAAUUGCUACACAAGUUAGAGUAUAUUUAUUACAA